AUGGCGAGCCAGCGGCACGUUGAAGAGCUUCGAAGUGCAUCAGUGAUGUGCAUGGCGGCAAGUUCAAGUCCUCCUCCUCUCGUCGGGCUGCGCUGGCAGUUGAGAGGAGGAGCUGUCGGUGAUGCCCGAGGCUUUCACGAUCCGGAGGAGGAAGGAGAAGCAUCAGGGUCGGUAGAGUGCGCAGAGGACGAAGACAGAAAGAGAGAACUGUACGAUCUCCUGGGAUUCGAUGCCGAUGCAGAUCCCUCAGCAUAUCAUACGCUGGAUGAGCAACUGGAGACAAGGUACAAGAAAAUUCGGGUGUGUGCCGUUCGCGGCAACAUCAGCAAUGGCGUCUCAUCGGACAAGGAGCUUAUCUGCCAUGCAAUUCAGACGAAAGCAGAUGAGAUCAUGGUGGAGGCGAUUGAGGAGGCUGAGCUUCAGCAGCAUCCCGAAGCUCCUCGCGUCUAUGUGAACUACUACGACCUCAGGGGAGUAGCAAGGUUCCUGGCGUCAGACGAGGACGCGAGCGACCCGAUGGAGUUCGGGAUGUGGCAGCUCAGCAUCUUCCUCCACGGCACUGAGUGGACGUACUGCGCUUACAAUGGCGUCAUCAGUUACGACGCGCGCUGCUGCCCUUUCGGUACGAGGCUGCACACGGUACCGUAUGGGCGAACCAACAGGAGCGAGGAAGCGAUCAGAACAUUCCUAGAGGAGCAGAAGAAGACAUUUGACGCCUCUAAGUUCAACGCCUGGAACUUGACGUCCAUCGACUUCGCCGAGACUCUCUUGUCCUUCUUGACAGAUCAGGAGCUCCACAAGGACAUCACGUUGACCCUCCCGAGCUAUCGAGACUUCGGGAAUGGUACAGGAGAGAGGACACAGGUCGAAAUUCAGGCGAGGGUGCAGCACUUCCCGUCCUGGUGGGGGGAGGAGGCGCUCAGACUCGCGAGCAUGUUCAAGCUUUGGGGCAAGCGGCCGCCCAACCAGAUGCUGCUGGGGCCGAAACGGGAGCCCAUCGGACCCUACCUGCCAACACGUGACUGCUGGAGUUCAGCUGAAGACCUGACCCAGUACUGGGAGCCGCCGGAAGGCUUCCUGUACGUGGGAGAGCCGGAGGAGGAGAAGGAGGAGCGAGCAAUGGAGGAGAACAUACAGGCGAGGAGGAACCGAAUGCGGGGAAUCGCAAGGGCCAUGGACGAACUUUCGCUAUCCAAGAUGUUGUUUCAGCCGCAUGACUGA